UAGUAGUAGUAGUAGUAGUAGUAGUAGUAGUAGAAGCAGUAGUGUACCUUACUUUUACUUGUUUCCCUACCCCUCACUUUAUGCAGUACACAUUUUUCAUUUAUACAGAAGUAGUGGCAGUGCUGGUGGUGGUCAUGGUAGUACAGUAGUAGUAGUAGUAGUGGUAGUAGUAGUAGCAGUAGCAGUAGUAGCAUCAGCGGUGGUGGUGGUGGUGGUGGUGGUGCAGACAGCCUCGCAUAUCAGCAGCAGGCGGUGCAGGAUGUGAAUGUAAUCCCGUCACUCCGUGGAGUCCGUGCCACGUGGAACAGUCCUCACAUCUGUCAUGGACACGCAGGGCUUGAACUACGCUCGUGAAUCUCCCCGACAGGAGUGGCUGUCACACUGUGUCUGCUUACAAAGCGGGAUAUAGCGCUGCUUUAGAGCAUCUUAUGGACUAAUAUAUUAGUACUAAUGUCAGCAGAUAUCCUUCUUCAAUUUGGUGUGGUAAAAUUUCAGGAUAACUCAGUCUGCUUGCAAGAACUGACAUUUGUUUACUCAUACUCGUUAAGGUAAAAAUCAAGGCGUGUUUUAUGUAGAAGUCUCCCCCGUGGCAUAUGAGCAAGGGAGUGUAACCUUGCCGAUGCCUCCCCCUGACCUGACUCGCCACAUUGACAGGCAGACCCGCUGAAAUUUUCAGUAGUUUAUGCCAAAUAAAAUGCACUAGUUUGAACGUGCUCAGGAAUAUCAUGGACUUCAAGCCAGAUCUGCUGUCCGCUUUAUAGGAGUGACGUUCAAUUAUUGAACGGUCACCAUGGUGCGAAGGCCAGGUCGAGUUUGUGUGGCGCGGCCUGCAGGCUGGGCGCCUCGGCCACUAAGGCCAGGCCGUGGGCGACACCGACUUCAGUUCAGCGGCAACUGCCGUGUAGUGUAGAAAGUGGAGUGUGACUGAUCAUUGACAAUGUGUGCGUGCCUUGAUGGAUGCAGGAUCUUUUGGUCAGAGUUUAUAAACCUUUACAAGAAAUCCCCAUGCUUAUGGAAAAUUAGUAGUUUUGAAUAUUCAAACAAAACCAAAAAAGCUGCAGCUUAUGACAUUCUUGUCAACAAAUUAAAAGAAAAAGACGAGACAGCAACAAAGGACACCGUAACGAAAAAGAUAAAUAACCUCCGCAGUUCCUUCAGGAAGGAACACAAAAAAGUAAUGCGCUCUAUGGAGUCUGGGGCGAGUGGGGACGAUGUAUACCAGCCCACCCUGUGGUACUACGACAUGUUACUCUUCCUCAAGGACCAAGAGAUGCCCACCCAGCAGAGCAACUUGAGGGUGCUGAAGAGCUUCGUGAAGCAGGAGAAUCUGGUCCUAAUGAUUGUCAUCCUGUACUGAACUUGAAGUCGAACACCACAGAACUAAUACCAGAACUAGACAUAGUAAAAGAGGAGGUUGAAGAGGAAGUGACACUUGUGAAGAAAAAGGUCAGGCUAUCCGAGGGCAUGAGCAGUGAGCAGGUUAUGCCAGUGCGAGGAGGCACACUGUCCUGCAUCCGUCAAGAAGAUGAGUGGAACACGUAUGGCAGGACUGUGGCCAACAGCCUCAGGAAGCUGCCGUGUCAUGUGCAACCUUAUGCUCAGAAACUUAUAAGUGAUGUUAUCUUUUAUGCUCAAAUAGGACAACUCGACUUGAACUCAAAAAUUGUGACAAAAUGACGACCUUGCACUGUCGUGGUUAUAAGUUGAAUAAACAGUCACUUCCACAAUACCAUCAACUUUAGGUUUUCCGGUCCGCUGACAGUCUUCUAACAGUUGACGAAGAACAUGUUAAAGAACUUGAGGUAGAGAUAAAACGCUAAACACCUUAGAAUGAGUGCAUGUUACUCGUUUCAUCUGCAACGUGAGCCAGACUUCAACAUGAGUCAGCUGAGGCCUUCCUUCAUAAUGUCGACACUCCUCACAAUGGUCGUGGUUGUAUAUCAUAUUUUUGUAACAUAUAUAAUGACAUGCAACUUAAUGUACGUACAAGAUUAUCAUUUUACUGACAUUCUUUCCUUCGCUUGUUAUUAUUAUAUUUUUUUCUAGUA